GGGUAUAUAUAAUAUCUCUCUCUCACGUUCAAGGUACGGGAGCUCAUCAAUCAAGUGCCACAUCAAAGUCCUUGGUCGGACCAAAGCAACAUAUCACCCCUCCCUUAGCAUCCAGCGGCGUCGGGGCCAGGAGUGGCACAAGAUCCAAUGUCGUCGCCUUCGCCAUCUCUUCCUCCCCCAACAGCAAUUUCCCCCACGGCAUUUCAUGAGGCGCUCCAGUUGUACCCCUCGCUGGUCGAGAAGGUGUACCGAUCCAAGCUCAAGAACGACGACAAAAAGGUCGCCGACGCGUUGAAGCGCGAUCGCUGGAGGUUCGAGGAGCUGCCUGCCGCUGUUGCUGCUGGGGUCGGAUCGGCCACGGCGGCCGCGCAGGCCUCAAAGAAGGACAGUACUAAGAAAAAGAAGAAUUCUCCUGAUGCCCAAGACGGCGGCGGCGGUGGAUUAGCCAAAGAUGCUGUUGAGAGGCUGGUGCAGUGGAAGAUCACCCAUGGCCACUCUCGCCCCUUUCUCCCAGCCAUGGUUCGCAAGAACGACGGGUCGACGAUCCAAGCCCAGACGUCUCUCGCGUUCGCCAAACUCUUUUCUUCUCCUUCUUCAACAUUGACUUCGGCCUCAGCCUCCACGCCGCCGCGUCCAACCACAGCCGCCAUCACCGCAGCCCUGGACGCGGUGUGCAAAUUGACCGGCAUCGGGCCGGCCACGGGGACACUGAUCCUCAACGUCUUCGACCCCGUCCACGUCCCGUUCUUCCAGGACGAGAUGUUCCUGUGGUUCUUCCCCGCCGCCAAGGCCGACAAGCUCAAGUACACGCUCAAGGAGUACCUGACGCUGCUCGACGCGGCGGUGCCGGUGCUGGAGACCCUGAACGUCACCGCCCUCCAGCUGGAACAGGUCGCCUACGUCCUCGGGCAUGUGGAACUGUUGGAAGCCGCGGAGCGCCAGGCGUUGCUGGACGCGUUCGAGGGACAUGGGCCGCCGCCGAGUGGGCACGAAAGUCACGGUCCGGUCCGGGCGGUGGAUGAUCACGGUGAUCACGACGCGAAGGAUACUGGUGCUCCACAGCAACAGGAGCGUCAACCGGCUCUCAAAGGAAGAAAGCGGGCAGCAAAGGACGAAGACGGUAAAGGAGAGGAAGCCCAAGCUCCGAAACGACGGUCACAACGCAGAAAGUGAAGGCGGAGCCAAUUUGCAG